AUGAAAUGCGUGAUCGGGGGCGCCCAGCUCCGAGUGCAGUGUUUUCUUUCCCUGGCAGUGUUUGGAAAAGCAAUCCAUGCCAUAGCACGGAUUAGUGAUGAAUUUUGGUUUGACCCCGUAGAAAAAGGCCUUGCCUUAAGAUCAGUGAACUCCUCGAGGUCAGCAUAUGCCUGUGUGUUCUUCUCAUCCAUGUUUUUCCAACAUUACUGCUGGACAGCUGUGUCCCAGCCAUGUCAGAAGGAGAAGCAGUUAUCCCUCCCCUGUAAAUUGAUAAUUAAGUCAGUUCUCCCUGUGUUUAGAUGUGUGAAUGUGCUGGAAAGGAAUGUAGAGAAAUGCAGCAUCUCCACCAACCCCAGUGAGCACCACAUCACCUUCCAGCUCCUCUGCAGGCAUGGUGUUGUAAAAACCUAUAACCUGACAUUUCAAGAGUGUGAUCCCUUGCAGGCUGUUUUUGCAAAGCACAUGUGUCCAAACAUUCUUAAAGUCCACUCCAGGCUGCUGGCUGAUGUGAUGAUUCACUUCCCAACCAGUCAGGAAGAAAUAACCUUGUCAGUAACUCCAAUGAAAGUUUGUUUCAAGAGUUACACUGAGGAAGACACUGACUUUUCAAGGACAAUGCUUACUGAGAUACAGCUCAGUCCAGAGGAAUUUGACUACUUUCAAGUUGGAGUAGAUUCUGAAGUGACAUUUUGCCUUAAAGAAUUGAGGGGGCUGCUGGCGUUUUCCGAAGCCACGAGCGUUCCUGUGUCCGUCCACUUCGACAGAUGUGGGAAACCCAUUGCUUUCAGCAUCGAGGACCUGCUGCUGGAGGCCAGCUUUAUCCUGGCUACCUUGUGUGAGGCUGAGAAGGAGGCAGCUUCCCCAGAGCCUGCCUGCUGCCCACGGCCCUGGGACAGCUCGAGGACUGGCAUGGAUAAGUCUGACCAGACCUCCAUGGAUGGAGCCAGCAACACAGACACAGCCACUUCCAAAAAGCCACAGCAGAAGGGAAACACUCCAAGCAUAAACUCGGCAAAACCUCCAAGUGCUUUGUCAAAACAAGAGGUAAAAAACAUUCCCAGAGGCACAGAGAGGGAUGUGCCAGACAGAGCAGGAGCAGCCAUGGCCAAGGCAGCAGCAGGAGAGGCCACAGAGGCUCCUUAUGAGAAGGUGAGGGAACUCCCCACGGUGUCAGCAGUGGAACCCCACAGCUGCUGUUUGGCUGAGCACCCCCACAUGCAUUGGGGGUUUCAGUGGGAUCAGCUGUCACAGCAGCACAAUUCUUACCUGUACAAAUAUUGCAUUUUCCAGUUCCACUCCUUAUUCUUUGGAGCGAUCUCUUACAAGGAGAAGGAGGCCAUUGGUGACACCUUCCAGAGUUUGGUGACAGCCAGUGACCCUGAGGAGGAGUUUGGUGCCUUGCAGAGCUCCCAGGUUCUGUAG